AAGGCAGACGCUGACAGAGGAGAGCAGAGGCAGCAGCUCCUGGGGAGGGAAAGUGGAGCAGAGGUGGAGAAAGUUCUUCCAGUAGCCAAAGGAGAGGCAGGAGAAGUCUGGGGGUGACGAGGCCACAGUUAGGAGGUCUGAAAGAGGAGGUUCUUCCACAGAAAUUAUUUAUUUGGCUUCCACUGGGAGUCAGACCCCCCAGGAUCCAGAGCCAUGGAGCCCUCCAUGUCGACCCAUGUCGAGGGGGAGCACAAGGAGAGGAAGAAGAUCCAGUUUGCUGUUCCAGCCUCUGCUCCCACCAACCUGGACCCACGGCAAGUGGAGAUGAUCAGACGCAGGAGGCCCACACCUGCCACGCUCUUCAGAGUCGCCGACCAGCCGUCUCCUGAAGACGAUCAGGCCGCUCAUCAGGUGAAGUGGGUCGUGGGAGAGAACGGCGUGCUCAAACCAAAACGUGUGAAUCCAAGCGUGUAUCAACCUCCAUCACUAAAAGCUGUGCAGAAGAUGGCUGAAGCACAAAUGCAGAAACUAGGUGUCUAUCCUUUAGAAGACCCUGGUGAAGGGGAAGAAGAUGAGGACGACUGGCAGGAGGAGGAAGAGGAGGAGGAGGAGGGGGAGGAAGCAUCUCUCGCCGAAGCUGCUGAUCAUCCAGAGACAGAAUCCACCGGACAGUUUUCCAGCAUGACAGCGAAGGAGCGAGACGAGAAGGGGGGAGACAAAGUCGGGGAGAACAGUUUGGGGAGUAACUGACAGCAUUUGGAGGGACGAUGCGGAGGAGAGUGACGGGCUCGGGUCUUAAGAACUGGUGAAGAAAUGUGUGGAGUCACGCUGGACGAGCUGCGAGUCAAACGAUAGAAAGUUUCAUGAUGUGAGCCAAGCUUUCUGUGUUCCUUCACCUUGAAAGGGUAAGAAAAAGGGAGUU